UCAGUCAGGGUAGGAAGUGAUGGGCGGUAGGCAGUGGUUGGACGUUGAGAGGAAAGUUUAGGGGUCGCAGUGUCAGCCUCCUGGCCUUCCCAGGCGGCGGCAGCUGCUGAGCGUGAAACAACAGAGUGGUACCCCCGGCCUGGACACCUCCGUCCCUUUCCCUCCACCUUCUGGCGCUCAGGGCUCCCGGGCGAUGCUGGCCGUGGCCGCCGAACCCGGGUUGGAUGGAGUCCCCCGCCGCCCACAGCCCCGGCGCGGACGCCGCCGGCCCAGAUACAUGGCAUCCAGGAGAAAGAUGUCUUGCCCCUUCUCCAGAUAAUGAAAAACUUUGUGAGGCAAGCAUAAAAUCUAUCACAGUGAAUGAUGGGAAGUCAUUUGCAGUUGUCUUAUAUUCAGAUUUUCAAGAAAGAAAAAUACCACUUAAAAGACUUCAAGAAGUAAGAUCUAUUCAAGAUUGUCCUAGGAAUUUUAUUUUUGAUGAUGAAGAUUUGGAAAAACCAUAUUUUCCAAACAGAAAAUUUCCUUUAUCUGCUAAUGCUUUUAAAUUAUCUGAAGAUGGAGAUGCUAUUCCUUAUACUAUUAAUAGGUAUUUGAGAGAAUACCAACGAGAAGGAGCCCAGUUUCUCUAUAGGCACUACACUCAAGGAAGAGGUUGUAUUCUUGGUGAUGACAUGGGUCUUGGAAAAACAGUACAGGUUAUUUCAUUUCUGGCUGCAGUUUUGCAUAAAAAGGGAACUCAUGAGGAUAUUGAAAAUAACAUGCCAGAGUUUUUACUAAGACGUAUGAAGAAAGAACCCACUUCUACAACAAAAAAGAUGUUUUUAAUAGUUGCUCCUCUUUCUGUCCUCUACAACUGGAAAGAUGAAUUGGACACCUGGGGAUAUUUCAGAGUCACUGUUUUACAUGGUAACAAAAAGGACAAUGAAUUGAUUCGUGUAAGGCAGAGGAAAUGUGAAAUUGCUCUAACAACAUAUGAAACACUGCGCUUAUGUCUGGAUGAACUCAACAGUUUAGAAUGGUCAGCCAUCAUUGUGGAUGAAGCUCAUAGAAUCAAGAAUCCAAAGGCGAGAGUAACAGAAGCCAUGAAAGCUUUGAAGUGUAAUGUCCGCAUUGGCCUCACAGGGACCAUCCUUCAGAACAACAUGAAGGAACUCUGGUGUGUUAUGGACUGGGCUGUGCCAGGACUUUUAGGUAGCAGGAUCCACUUCCAGAAGCAGUUUUCUGACCCAGUAGAGCAUGGUCAGAGGCACACGGCAACAAAAAGAGAACUAGCCACUGGCCGAAGGGCCAUGCGAAGGCUUGCAGCACGGAUGUCUGGCUGGCUUCUCAGGCGCACCAAGACUCUCAUCAGUGACCAGUUACCAAAGAAAGAAGAUCGGAUGGUUUAUUGCUCUCUGACAGAUUUUCAGAAAGCUGUCUAUCAAACGGUAUUAGAAACAGAAGAUGUGACUUUGAUACUUCAGUCUUCUAAGCCUUGUACCUGUAACAGUGGCCGGAAAAGGAGAAACUGUUGUUAUAAGACUAAUUCACAUGGUGAAACAGUGAAAACCUUGUAUUUCAGCUACCUUACAGUCCUUCAGAAGGUAGCGAACCAUGUUGCACUGCUGCAGGCCACUAGCACCUCCAGACAACAGGAAACACUUAUCAAAAGGAUAUGUGAUCAAGUAUUUUCCAGAUUCCCAGAUUUUGUUCAGAAGAGCAAAGAUGCAGCCUUUGAAACACUUUCCGAUCCUAAAUACAGUGGAAAAAUGAAGGUCCUUCAACAGCUUUUAAAUCAUUUCAGGAAAAACAAAGAUAAGAUUCUUCUCUUCUCCUUUUCCACCAAGUUGCUCGAUGUGCUACAGCGGUACUGUAUGGCGUCUGGGCUCGAUUACCGGCGACUCGAUGGAAGUACAAAAUCAGAGGAAAGACUCAGGAUUGUGAAAGAGUUCAACAGCACACAAGAUGUUAACAUUUGCCUUGUCUCUACGAUGGCUGGUGGACUAGGCCUCAAUUUUGUUGGUGCCAACGUUGUUAUAUUAUUUGAUCCUACUUGGAAUCCAACCAAUGAUCUUCAAGCCAUUGACAGAGCAUAUAGGAUUGGACAAUGCAGAGAUGUUAAAGUGUUUAGGCUGAUAUCCUUGGGAACUGUGGAGGAAAUCAUGUAUUUACGACAGGUGUACAAACAGCAACUUCACUGUGUGGUGGUUGGAAGUGAAAAUGCCAAGCGAUACUUUGAAGCAGUUCAAGGAUCAAAAGAACAUCGAGGAGAGCUUUUUGGGACCUAUAACCUCUUCACAUUAAGAUCUCAAGGGUCUUGUCUUACAAGGGACAUCUUGGAGAGAGAAGGCCAAGUAGAAGCAGGGAUCAUGACAGCCACAACAUGGUUGAAAGAAGGACCUCCAGCACAGGAACUAGAAACACCCAAAGAGCCUGGCUAUCAAGAACCCAGAGGACAACAAGGACCAACAGCAGGGAGUGAUCUCUACAGUGACCUUAGUGAUGAUGAAUCUAUGGGAGCCUCAAGAAUAAAGACCACUAAACAUAGAACAUCUGACUCAAGCAAAGUUUCAGCUUCUUCAGGACAGCUUACCUUAUUCCAAUGUGGUUUCUCUAAAUUAUUUGAGACAACAUGUAAAGCAAUUGAGGGGAGCAAUGGACACUCUGCCUCCGGGGAGGAGAGUUUGGAUGAGCAGCCCACAUGCCUCACCACAGAAGCCAGAGACACUAGUUGUCAGCAGACUCAGGAUGUUGUUGGUACUUCAGAACAUCAGCAACUAGAUAGCAUCCCAAGUCCCAGUGAAAAAUGUGUUUUUAAUAAAAGAGAGAUUUUAGAACAGAUUGUUUCUUCUGAAUCUGAUGAUAAGAAAAAUUUUAAAACUACAGCUGGACAUCAUUGCGUUUUACAGAAUGAGACAGAAUCAGAAGAUAGUGAUGUCAUCUUUCCCACACAGUACGCAACUCAGAGAAUCCCUAACACUCGGAUAAGGCUUAAGCUACCCUUAAAUAGAGCUGAAGAUUCUCACACAGAAAAUCCUGUAAAAGUAAAUAACGGUGAUAGUAAGGUUGAUGAUACAGAAAAUGGAUUAAUUUCAAAACUCUUACAUCCUGAAGGCAUGACCCUGAAGUCUGUUAUGAAAAGAAAAAGCACUGAUGAUAUUAGUGAUGAGUCUGAUGACAUUGACAUUUCCCCCAAGUCAAGAGUAAGAAGAGAAAGUUCAUUGAAGUUUAAGAGCAAAAAGGAAAAAAGGAAACUUUACAGUUUUCCCAAAACAUUCAAGAAAACAGGUCCACUCUAUAUAACAAAUGAAGAUUGUAACUCUCAGCUUAUUGAUGAAUUUUCAUCCUCAGAUGAUGAUUUAUCUUCUCGCCACUUCCAUUUCUCUAAACAGAGCCAUAGAGCAAGAACUAUAAAAGACAGAAGCAGUUUCUCUUCAAAAUUACCUAGCUCUGAUAAGAAAAAUAGCACUUUCAUACCAAAAAAAACAAUGAGAUUUUCAAAUGAGAGAGUUGUCCAUCAGGAACAGAUGUAUGAAUCAAUGGAUAAGAUUUUAGAUGGUGUUCAGGAAGUGGCUUAUGUUCACUCAAAUCAGAACGUGAUUGGAUCAAGCAGAGCUGAAAACCACAUGAGCCGAUGGGCUGCACGUGAUGUAUUUGAGUUGCAACAGUUUUCCCAGCUUCCUGCUAACAUAGCUGUUUGCAGUUCUAAGCCGUCUGAAGAAAACGUGCAUGCAGAUACAGUGACACACAAAAAGACAAACCAGCCACCAAAUGAAGAAGGCAUCUCAUUUCCCCUUUACAUUUCACACCCUGUAAGCCAAAAGACAAAAAAAGUCUACCGUACAGACCAGACUACAUUCAUAAUUGGAGAAACACCAAAAGGAAUCCGCAGAAAACAAUUUGAAGAAAUUGCCUCUUACUUUAACUCCUCUUCUGUAAAGGAAUUUGCUAAGCGCAUAACUAAUGCUACAUCAGAAGAACGACAGAAAAUGCUGAAAGACUUUUAUGCUUCUCAGUAUCCAGAGAUAAAAGAAUUUUUUGUGGAUACAACUUCGGAAUUAAUUAAAUCUACCCAUAAAGAAGAAGGGAGAGUCAAGAAGAAAUCUGAAGAAAGAGAACCUCUGGUAAAAGAAAAGCUGUCAAAUUCUAAAACUUUGUCAUUUAAUGGUCCUACCAAUAAAUUUUCCCAGACUUAUAGCCCAAAAAUAAAUAAAGGAAAAUCAGUUAGGUUUCAAGAUUGUGAUUCCUGUAGAGAUAAAACAUUUUCUAAUGAUGCAGAAGGUAAGGAGUCGCCAACUGGCUCCACUCAGGAGACUGACAGUGGGAAAAACAGCCACACAUCCAGAGGCACUGCAGCCUCUCACUUGCCGCACAGGAAGUCUGAGGCCCAGGAGAGCACGUUAGAGAAUACCCUGGAAGACCAGCAGGGCUUCACAAGAAUGGGCAUUGCAAGAAAUGGACACCUUUUCAGAUUAGAAAACAGAAAGAUAGAAAAUCCAGUAUCAGAAAACACUUGUGUGGAAGGUUUACUUGGAGACACUUCUAUUCUCGAUGACCUCUUUAAAAGUCAAGGGAACAGUCCCACACGACUGCCAAAGAAAGUUCUUUCAGGGUCUGUGGAGAAAGCAAAGCAAAGACCAAAAGAUUUCUGGGACAUUUUGAAUGAGCAGAAUGACGACAGUCUCAAUAAACUCACUGACUUGGCAGUGAUAGAGACGCUGUGUGAAAAAGCACCCCUUGCUGCAGCCUCCAAAAGGAAAGCAGUGCUAGAGCCGUCUCUCUGGAAACCAAAUGAGAAGUUCUUGUGGAAGACAUUUAACCCAGGAGACACGGAUGAAAAUGCAACCAUGCACAGGAGUGACGCAGACAUGUAAAUGGAUUCGUACACCAGUGAAGCACUGCCUCAGUACACACAGCACUGUAUUCCACACUAAUUAUAUUAUCUUGAACAUCACUAUCGAUAUAUAUUUUCAUUAAAUUUUUGUGUUAGGAUUUUUUUCAGUCUAAAAUAUAUCAUGAAUAUCAUGAAUUUGUUUUCCUUAAUAUCUGAUUUGAUCCCUUAAAAAUAUGACUGUGUUACAGUAUAAACCUUUGUUAUGAAAUUUAAAACAUUCUAGAUUUGUAAUCAAGAGACCUGGGGCCCCUCUCCUAUUGACUAAUUGUGUGACCUUAGAGAAGUCCUCUGCCCUCAUGUGCACCCAUUUCCUAACAUGAAAAGUACAUGGUUGAACCAAAUCAGCAUGAGGAUCUUUCCAGUUUAAAAACCUUGGUUCCUUCUCCCAAAUUGCAUUUAAUCAUAGGCCAAAUCAGGUGUAUACUGACAUGUUGAUAAGCGUUUGGAAAAUCAUUGUUUUUCUCUUCCCUUGAUAUCAUGUUCUAUUAUUAUUGUUAUUUUAGAUGGAAUUUGUAACUAGUACUAUAUACAUGGUAUUGUGUUAAGAUGGUAAUGUAUAGCAGCUCCAAGUCAAAAGUUAAUGUAUAACUAUGUGAGACAUGAUGUAAAGUAAUAGAAUUAUUACCAUUAGCCACAGAUUCCAGUGCCUCAACUUUUUUUAUACAACUGUCAUUUAAUCAAUGCAAGUAAAGCUUUAUAUAGUACUUCUAUAUUUCUUAAGUAGGAAGAAAUGAGUAAAUAUUUUAUUUAAUUUGAAACUAAUAUUUUGUUGAAUUAAUUUAUUUUGAAACAGUUUCUUAGGCUAUGUUCUGUGUGAGGAACCCUAACUGUACAGGCGAAAUCCAGCUACUAAUAAAAGCAAGGAGAUAGAUCUGUAAAGAACUGUGUACAUAAGGCGGUGUCAUCAUGCCUGGCACAGCAAAGGCAGGGACCUGGGGCUGGUACCGAUCCACAUUCAGACGCACUCCUGCAAUUUUCCCUCAGUGAAGUUCACAGGGCUAUGGCAGGAGGAAGUGAUCAUUGAAAAUGGUUGUGGAGGCAGGUUGUGAUCAGAGGUCACUAUUAGGAAAGGACUUGGAACUAUCUAGGAUUUAAAGCUAUCACUCAGAAGUGAAACACAUACACACACACACACACACACACACACAACCAAAGAGUCUUUUUUCAAGAGCUGAAAUGUUUUAUCCCAAGAGAACUGUGAAAUAUAUUUUAUAUCCUGAUGUGUUUAUGCAUAUAUGUGAUGAAAUAAAAGGUUUUUGAAAUAGUA